AUGAGAGUCACAUUAAUAUUCUUAGAUAAUUAAAUUUAAGAGUUUUCUGGGUUUUAUUGGAAAAGGGAUACCCUUAUCAUCUUGAUAGAAAAGUAUUAAUUUUAAGCUGAUUCUGAUUAAAAGAGGAUUAAGUACCAAGUAUUCAAUGCACCAUUGACUAUUAGUUUAAAAAUUGAGGUUACUGAGUUGGGUAAAGAGAAGGAAUUUUGUUGGUUUUUCAACUAAAGUUUGAGACUCUAAUGA